AUGUCGCUAGAAUGGCUUGACAAACAAGCUCAAGACUCCGUGAUAUAUGUUUCAUUUGGCACAACAACUUCAUUAUCCGAUGAUGAGAUCCGAGAACUUGCUAAUGGAUUAGAGAAUAGUCAACAUAAGUUUAUUUGGGUUCUACGAGAUGCUGAUAAAGGGGAUAUUUUCAAUGGUGGAUUUAUGAGUCACUGUGGUUGGAACUCGAGUAUGGAGAGCAUCACCAUGGGAGUUCCUAUAGCUGCAUGGCCAAUGCAUUCAGAUCAACCAAGAAAUGCUAUACUAGUAACAGAGGUGCUAAAGACUGGCAUAAGCGUAAGGGAUUGGGAGCUCCGUGGUGAGCUAGUAACGUCUUCAACAAUUGAAACAAGUAUUCGGAAGUUGAUGGCUUCUGAUGAGGGAGAUGCGAUAAGGAAGAGAGCUGCUAAACUUGGCGAUGAUGUUAGGCGGUCAGUAGAAAAAGGUGGAGUAACACGCAUGGAGAUAGAUUCAUUUAUUGCUCAUAUUACUAGAUAG